AUGGCAUCUCGACGUCGUGUAGUAUCCGAUUCGGAGUCCGAGUCUGAUGAACCCGUCGGGCCUUCGGUCCCUUCCGAUGAUGUGCUCGAAAAGGCUCUACGCGACACCGUCGCGAAGAUUUACAAAUCGGGGAAUAUGGAGGAAUUAACGGUUAAGCGGGUGCGCAUGGCUGCCGAGAAAGUCCUCGGGGUCGAGGAGGGCUUUUUUAAGGGGAGCAGCAUUUGGAAGUCAAAGAGUGAUCAGAUAAUCAAGGAUGAAGUGGAGGUACAAGAUAAGCGGGCGCAAGAACCGAAGUCGGAUGAAGAGCUAGAGGAGCCUGCUCCUCCCGCAAAGAAGGCUUCUUCCGCUAAAAGGACCAAACCCGACAAAGCUGAGACAUCGCGAAAGCGAAGGAAAACGAAUACACCAGAACACGAAGACCAGAGUGAAGUCAGCGCACCACUAGAUGAUGAGAGUGAGGAGGAAGUGAAAAAGCCCGCUAAAAAACAACCAAAAUCGACUGCCGGAAAGAGUUCGAAACCGAAGCCUCGGAAAGAACAGAUGUCAGAUGACUCGGGGGACGUAGAGCCAAAAAAAGAUGAUGUCGCACCAUCAGAGGCUGAGGAAUCUAAGAAUGACCGCGGAGAGGACUCGGAGAGCGAAAUGUCAGUGGUUCUUGACGAAGAGCCUAAGCCUACCCGAAAGCGACAGAAGAGUGCCGGUUCCGAAGCUUCAACACAGAAAGGGAAGAAGAAGACGAUCACAGCUAAAGCGAAGGACGCGGACCUUGACCCAGACCAAAAGAAGAUAAAGGAGUUGCAAGAUUUGCUGGUCAAAUGCGGCAUCAGGAAACUUUGGUGGCGACUGCUGGCUCCAUAUGAGACAUCCAAGGAAAAGAUCGGACACCUUGAGGGAAUGCUCAGGGAGGCAGGGAUGACGGGACCAUUCAAGGGAAAGGAAGCUGAAAGGAAAGCCUUGAAGAUCAGAGAAAGGCGCGAGCUUCAAGCUGAUGUCGCCUCGUGCCAAGAGGAGGUAAAGCUGUACGGUAAAGACGGUGCCGACGAAGAGAGCGAUAGCGGGCGACCAGGACGACGUUUAAACCGAGGCCGCAAGCACCUCGCCUUCUUAGAAGAUGACGGGGAGGAGACGGACUGA